AUGCUGUUGCUACUGUCGCUGCUGCCUCUCCUGCCACCGCCGCUGCUGCUGCCGCCGCCGCCUCUGGUCUUGCUUUUGCUUUUACUUCUCCUGCAUGACAGUUGUUUUCUUCCUCUAAGCAGACACCAGCUUCAGACGCUUGAGGUGAGAAACAUGCCUUUCAGUUUGGGAUACUGGUUUACUUAA